AUGUCAACCUUAGCACCUGACGAAUUAAUACAGAAAAUUUGUCAAGAAAUCGCGUAUCAGAAGGGGAAAAUAUCCCUUGAUCUUUUGUGGGAGUUAAUUAAGAAGGACGUCGAUACCUCAGAUGACCAAAUAAAACGAUUUGUCUUUUCCUGUUUAUCAUCAUAUCCUGACAUCUUCGUUCAAGCCAAGAGUAGAAGGCUUCUAGAUUUGGAUUAUGCUGAAAUAUCUCAAAUGUCGGGUGAAGUUGAGAUAUGUAUCACCGAAGACAAACUAUGGUCAACAUUAACAGGAUACAGGAAGAAAGAAUGUUCAAUAGGUGGACUGGCGUUUGAGCUUCUACUUGAAGUUACGAAAACAAAAGAGAUUGGCAUUAAUACGAUGGAAUUAGCGAGACAAACAUCGCAAGAUCCCAGAAGCAUAACGGGCAGAAUAAAGAAACUCGGAAGUCUCGUAACUGGUACACAAAUCAUUUUUAAGGGACAUGUGGUAAAACACUUGAAAUACUAUAAGUUCGCCGAUAAAAAUGCUGUCGUGAACUCAUAUGUGGGCAUGAGAGACCACUUAUCCACCAUUGUAAGUAUUGUCAAAAACUCGAAAAACGGCGUACGACAGCUGAUUGAUCUAAAGAGAGAAUUAAAGUUUGAUAAGGACAAGAGACUUUCGAAGUCGUUUAUUGCUGCAAUUGCGUGGCUAGAUGAAAAAGCGUACUUAAAGAAGGUAUUGGUUGUUUCCCCUUCUAGCCCCUCAGUAAAAAUAAGAUGCGUAAAGUAUCUGAGAGAUUACGUACCAGAAGAAAAAUCAACCAACGACUUUGAAGAUGAUACUGAUGGUGACGACGAGAGUGGGCAGGCGGCUAACGACGACAAGAAUGGUGACGAAGAAGAGGCUUUCGAAUGCUUGGAUAGUUUCAAUGCGACUCACCUGUUACAAGAACAGAAUCUAAUUCUACAAGAUGCUCCAGAAUCAGAGAAGAAGGAAUUCUUGUUAAAUAGAUUUUUCCCCAUGCAAAAUCAAACUUAUGCCUUAGCGGCUAGGUAUGGAACCACCGGUGUUUCAACGAUGGAAGCCGUUAAUCUCAUCACCGGCCAGGACUACAAGCGAUCUUUCACGAAAUGCAGCGAGUAUUACGUUGAUACCGUUGGUAAGCCAACUAAAAAUUCUAGUGGGAAUGGUCUUGUGAGGGUGUACGAUUUUGAAGGUAAAAAAAAGUUCUAUCGCCUCUUUACGGAAUAUAACUUUAGAAGCUUGUCUGGUUUGGAGCCACCACAGAAGGAGGAGGCAUUCAGCUCACCAAGUAAGCAAAAGAAAACUUUGGAUGAAAUUAGCCGCAGUAAUUUUGUUCCACUCAGUAACACUUUAAGAUUUAUUAAUAAAAACGGGGAAGAUCAAUUCUUUUGGAAUGGUGAGUUGAAAGUUCCUUCCAACGGCAAUGCAGCGCCCCGCGGAAGAAAGAGAAAAAAUGUCCUCGAGAGCGUCAAGAGCAUACCAAAACGUGUACGAAAAGAUGAACCCUUAUCAAAUGACCUCAGCGCUUCUAAUAUCAGCCAUCCCCAAAAUACUUCAGCUUCGGAUCCAAGUGAAAAUUCCAGCAGUUUGAGUUCGAAUAAUGCUCUCUUUAGUAUAGACGGGUUUUCAGCAAACUCUUUGAAAUCAUUACAGCGCCAACGUGCAAUUUUGGAGACAAUUAAGAAUUGCGGAGGAAUAAGCUUCUUCAGAGAUCAGCUUUUCAUGGAUGUGACAAAACUGAUGGGCUCAAAAACACUUUUAGAUAAGAAAACAAUCAAAGGAGAUGUCGAGCGUCUAGUAUGUUCAAAGAAGGUAUGCCUGGAAAUAGACCGCGGAACUGGUAGACGUCUUUUAACUCUACCUCAUAUUACAAGAGAAGAGGUUCUUCACUUCUUGAGUGAUGAAAAAGACAGCAAGAAAUCAUAUUUCAAUGAUGUGAUACAAAAUACAGACAUUUACUUUUUUGAUCAAACAGAGAGUAACAGAUUUCAUCGUGGCACGAAGUCUGCAGAAAGAGUCAAGAAAUUCGAGAAGACCAGAGAUAAGAGUAGAAAAACCAACGAUCAAAAUAAUCAAGCAAGUAUUAACAUUGAGGGUCCAAAGAGGCGUUCGAAAGUAUCAGAAAAGUUCUCGACAAAACAAAAGCUUGAUAAUAAUGAGGGACUAGACUCAUCAACACUCGUGAAGAAAGGCAAGAAAAGUAAUCAGAAUACAUUCAAUAUUGGAACAAAAGACGGAGUGCGUACACUGGUCAUGGCGGUCGUAAUCAUAAAGAGUAUCAAAGGUCAAAUAGUUUGGGAAACUCUGUCGGAAAUCUUCCCCAACAAUUCAGUUGGGAACUUGAAGAAACAGUGGACUAUCAGAAGAGUUCGCAUGGGUCACAGCGGUUGGAAAGCUCAGUUAGAAAAAUGGAGGAAAAUUAUUGUUGAGGCAAUGAAGGAAGGGAAAGCGACACUAGAAGAUGUGGAAAAAUCGAAUUUAAUCAAGCUAAUCAAGAUUUGGAAUGAUUUUGAAGCUCAGCAAAUUCAAAAGCCGUUCAAGUUGUUCAAAAACUACGAAGAGAACUUCAAAAGGUACACUUUUGUAAGGGAUAGCGUAGCCCCCAUUAAGGCACAUGGUUUGGACAUGUCUUCGAUGGUCCAGAGAGAGCAUUGGCUCUUAAGGAAAGCGUACACUUAUAGUACAAUUGCUGCCAACAGAACUGAGAAGGUCGUAACGGAAGACAAAAUAAGAACUGUCGCAAGGUCACUUUUAAUUGAAAGCCCUGGAUCCGAACUAAAACUUGAUGAUAUUGAAGCUCUCAAAAGAUUCAAGAAAGAAGAAGUUGAUAAGGUUUUGCUAGAUAUGGCAAAAGAACGGCAAAUUUCUUUAGUUGGAAUGUCGAAAUUGCAACUAACUGAUACCGUCUUGGACUUUUUAAGUACCAAAGGUGACUUUUCUUUAUUUGAUAAUGCCAUGGAGUACAAUAAGAAACUAGUCUUGAUACUGAGCAAUCGAAAAGCUUGCCUUAUUAGUGGCGAAAUCUCUAAUUCUGCAGCUGUAGUAUUCCUUCACUUGAUAGAAACUCUGACUGUAAACAUACAGGAAAUUCCCGUUUUCACGAAGGAAAUUCCGAUGCAUUACACCACAAGAAAGUACGAAGUUGGCGCAUUGACGCCACCAUUGGUAUUCAUCGCAAAGAAAAGAUUCCAAGAUGUUAAGCUAGACCACGUUCAAAUACCAAUCGGCAAACCUUGCUCGCACCUGUGGAUUGACCUCGAAGGUAAUGUGCGGCCUGACGUCUGGAAGAAAGUUGUCGCUUUAAGCUUGAAAGAAAUACUAUUUAAUCCAGGUAUCACCAGGAAGAUGCUUGCAUAUCGCUGUCGUAAGGUUCUCUCUUUUUCAGAUAUCGAAUCUAUUGUCAGUUGGUGCUUGGCUAGAAGCAUAGUUUGUGAAAUAGAGUUUGAAGGCUUAAUUGCAAACGAUAACUGGUUUAAAGCUUUUUCAUGA